ACAAAAGUAAUCAACGAGUAGUAAUUAAGCGAUUUAAAUGGAAAAUACAGAUUUUACAGACUGACGUUUUGUCUUCAUUGUAUUACAAUUUACUGGCUGACGAGGACUACCGACGAUAAAAAAAAAAUGACGGAUUCACAAAACACCAGCAUGCUGUUGACAUUCUACGCCGAGGAGAACGAGUCGCUGUUGGUAAAUUCCUCCACAGUGGUGCCCAACUCGUCCGUGACGGAGGACCCGUACAAAGUUCCGCCAGGUCUCAUAGUUCUACUCGCCUUCCUCUACGGAUCCAUAUCUCUCCUGGCCGUUAUAGGCAACGGCCUCGUCAUCUUCGUCAUCGUCAAGAACCGACGCAUGCACAGCGUUACGAACAUCUUCAUCGCCAAUCUGGCGGUCGCCGACGUCAUUAUCGGGAUGUUCUCCAUCCCCUUCCAGUUCCAGGCGGCGCUACUGCAGCGGUGGGUGCUCGCCCAUUUCAUGUGCUCCCUCGCCCCCUUCGUCCAGAUCAUCUCCGUGAACGUCAGCAUCAUCACGCUCAGCGUCAUCGCCAUCGACCGCUACAUCGCCGUGCUACACCCGUUUAAAGCGGGCUGCUCGAAACGUUCCGCCGUCGUCAUCAUCAGUGCUAUAUGGUUGUUUUCGGUCGUGUCCGGCAUGCCGUGUGUCCUCUAUUUCAGGGUGGUGCAGCGCGACCACAAGACGGCCCAGUGCGACUUUCUGGCACCGCCCAGCUGGCCGGACCUCCUGCAACACUGGAACCUCUUUUCGGUUGUCGUGCAAUACAUUAUGCCGUUGACAGUUAUUAGUUUCUGCUACUUUCGAAUCGGCUGCCAUAUUUGGGGCGCCCGGGCCCCCGGAAAUACCACCAACACUGAAGACGUAAGAAGCAGAAAUAAGCGGAAGCUGCUGGUGGCAGAAGUAAGGAGCGGUGUUAAGUGUACGAUUGAAAAUACGACAGUUCAAUCUUGCACGCUGCGACGUCUCAGAGACCAGUGA